AUGAGCUACAUUGCCCGCCGAGGUCUUUCGACCUUGAUCCCUCCCAAGAUUGCGUCUCCCAAUGCUAUCGGUGCCGCCCAGGAUGCCGCCCGCAUGGAGCGUGUCGUGAACUUCUACGCCGGCCUUCCCCGUGGUGCUGCGCCCGAGGUCAAGCCCACCGGUCUCAUCGGUCGCUACCAGGCCCGCUACUUCGGCAAGAACGCCUCUGGUGUCCCCAUCGUCCACGCUAUUGGUGCCAUCCUGAUCCUGGGUUACAGCAUGGAGUACUACUUCCACCUCCGUCACCACAAGAACCACCCUCACUAA